AUGUCGCCAGAAGUAAAAAAGCGCGUGCGGGCUCUAAAAAGACUAAUUUUAGCCGAGCAUGAGAUUAAAUUGAGAUUCAAUGCUGAAGUUCAUCUUCUUCAAUUGAAAUACCAAAAAGUGUACGAGCCAUAUAUUAAUAAGCAAACGGAUAUAAUUCAAGGAAACCACGAGCCUACCAAAGGCGAAUACAGUAGUUCUGAUGAAGAUGAUGUACAAGUUCCCAGAUAUGAUGAACUGGGGAAAAUAGGACUUGAAUCAAAAGAGGCAAGUAGACAAGAACCGAAAGGAAUACCGGACUUUUGGCUUAUGUACAUGGAGAAGUCGUACAAAUUCCAAUCUUUCAUACUACCACAUGACGAGAAAAUCAUCAGACAUUUGUCAGACAUCAGAUGUAAUCGAUCGGAAGAGUAUAUAGGAUAUACUUUGGAAUUUCAUUUCACACCUAACGAAUGGUUCACUAAUAAUGUGCUGACCUUAAAGUUCGAGGAGUACCAUCCAGACAACAUUUUUGAUAUUGUUCAAUGUUACGGUAUGAUGGAAUACGACAUUGAGUACAAACUGACUGGCUGUGAGAUUAAUUGGAACGAGGGGAAAAAUGUGACACAGCAAAUCAAAAAUGUAACACUUGAAGGCACCGAAGUUCCUUUCAACAAAACUGUUGAAAAUCCAUCAUUCUUCAAUUUGUUUAAUGAUACAUAUAAAUUCACGAUUCCCGAUAGAUGGUGGUUUCAAAUAUUUUUCGAAGAAUAUAAACACAAGUGCAAUUGGUUAGUUAAUGAAGCAUUUAUACAAUUUUAUUGCAAUCACGCGGACCUAUUAUCAUUUGGUGAUAAGAUGAAAAUGUUUGAUUUUUCUGAUGAAUACGAGACGUGUGAGUCGUAUAUUGAGACGGACGAAGAAGAUGGUAUGUCUCACAGAUGA